CUCAGCAUUUAAAAAAAAAUGCACAAGGGGCAGUCUUGGUUUUUGUAUAAAUUGGAGGAGCACAUUCCUUGCCGACCUCCGAGAGAAGUGCUACUCCUUGUGCUUCCUCCCGACCAAGAGCUCCCUGGGUCUUCCCCGAAGCCAAGAUGAAAGUCUUCUUCAGCCUGAUCAUUUUCUCUCUCAUGCUGGCUGCAUGUCAAGGAGCAUGCUUUAGUGCGCCCUUUGAAGUUGAGACUGAAGAUGGUAAACAGGUGGUGCCAAACACUUGUCUUGAUAGACAUGAUGGGAGAAAGCAUCUCAUUGGGUCCACUUGGAACACAGCUCACUGUUUCAGAUGCGAAUGCGGCACAGAUGGAUUGCAUUGCUGCCACAGAUAUGGCGGCAUUGGAGUUGUUGAAGGGUGCACGACGGUAGUCAAUCCUGUGACCUGUAAACAUGAACACUACAGAAUUGAUGACCCAUCGCAGCCCUGUGGAGUUUGAUCUCUUCACAUGGAAAAACUGGAAUAAAUCUCUUAAGUGCAAAGGAACCUAAAUAAAUCUUUCAUAUCAGCAUCUUAA